AUGACUUAUUUGGACUUUUUGAACAUGGAUAUACAAGUCCAUUGCGGUCUUGCUUUGCUUAUACGUAUAGGUCUUAUACUUUUCAGUAAUUUCCAAGACCUACAUUUCAAAGUGAAGUACACUGACAUUGAUUACCAAGUGUUCACCGAUGCUGCCAGCUGUUUGUGGAAAGGGGAGUCCCCUUUUCAAAGACAUACCUACCGAUACACACCUUUAGUGGCUUUUCUCCUAACGCCAAAUAUUUUCUGGUUUGCCUCGUUCGGAAAAUUAUUUUUUUCUUGUUUUGAUGUACUUACAAGCUUGUUAAUUUAUAAAAUCCAAAAGAAAUAUAAUUAUACCACUGCCACAUGCAAGCUGUGUGCUUUUAUGUGGCUCUACAAUCCCCUGACUAUGGUGAUAUCGACAAGAGGAAGCUCUGAAGCCAUUAUGACGUCUCUAGUGAUGUUGACGAUCUACAUGUAUCAACUGAAGUCGUGGGUGUUGUUUGGUUUAGCAUAUGGGCUUUCAGUUCAUGUUAAAAUAUAUCCGUGCAUGCAUGCCCUUACGUUUUACUUUUUUCUCUGUGAUAAUGCGUGCGAUGUAACAGGUGGUUUCGAAAAGCUGAAGCUGCUGUUUGUGCCAAACAGAAAACGAAUAACUUUUGGUGUCGCUACCUUGGUAGGUUUUAUCAUUCCCACUGCUAUUUCUGUUUAUUUUUAUGGAGAAACCUACAUUCAAGAAGGUUUUUUGUACCAUUUGUCUAGGAAAGAUAUUAAACACAAUUUUUCUCCAUAUUUUUACAUCCUGUAUCUGUCGGAAACUAUGGACCCGAAGGUAUCUUCAUAUAUUUCUUAUGCUGCUUUUUUCGUACAAGCAAUUUUGAUUUUGUCAGUGUCCUUUGCUUUAUGUUCGCCUAAAUAUCUUGCCCCAUGUUUGUUUCUUCAAACUUUUAUAUUUGUCACUUUCAAUAAGGUUUGUACGUCUCAGUAUUUUCUAUGGUAUUUGUGUUUGUUUCCAUUAACCUUUCCUUUCUUAAAUGUUAGGAUAAAAUAUAUAGUUUCUGCUUUUGUAGUUUGGUCUUUAGGCCAGGUUUUAUGGUUAACACCAGCAUACUAUUUAGAAUUCCAAGGAGUGAAUACUUUCUUUCUAAUUUUUCUAUCUAGUUUGAUAUUCUUUUUAAUAAAUGUGUGCUUGAUUGCUGCUACUUUUAAGUGCAUUGUUGCAACAGGGGAGAGUAAAAGCAAGAAAAAAGAAUAAUUAAAUCUAAUGCUACUAAUAAAAGUUUCAAUGUGCAAUAUUUUUUUGUUUGCCUUGAGUAUCAACUAUAUAAAAGUGAAUCGUAUAAAAUUUGCGGGAGAUGUUUGCAGAAUAGACCCUUUAUCCCUAACUUUCAGAGUUUCAUUUCAAACCAAUAGGAACCUGCAUUAGAGGCAGGCCCAGAUAAAGGUGGA